AUGCAUUACCUUAUGGCAACGAGUAAGGAAAAUUUCUUGGAUCCCAAGACUCGUCUAGCGUUUCCGUGGUUGUUAUGGCAGAUAUGGAAGGCUCACAACCUAUUCUGUUUUGAACAGAAAAGCUUAGACGCUGAGACAGUUUUGGAUAAAGCCAUGGAGGAGUCCUCAGUUUGGCUGCAGCUACACUCCUUUAUUCCACCUGAAGCUCCUCCGAUCUUAGUGGAAGAAAAGAUGUCACAAUGUUGGGAGAAGCCUCCACCGGGUGCUAUUAAGUGCAAUGUGAGCUCGGUGUGGAACCCACAAACAAGAAAUGUUGGUGCGGCCUGGAUCAUUAGAGACUCAGAUGGGAAAGCUCUCUUCCACAGUCGUCGUUCCUUUGCUGGUGUUCGGUCUCAGUUGGAAGUUACUUUAAUUAGUUUGGUGUGGACAACGGAAGCUCUCAAUGACAUUCAGAUGAGGAGAGUUCACCUUGAAUCUACAGAUUCUUAUCUAAAGAAUUCCCUUUCUUAA